GGGAGUUUGUGUAAUUUUCAUUAAAAUGUUCCAACCUACUGCUAUAAAAAUUUGCACAUUUCCAUUCUUCCCAGUAGCUCUCCAAACAGUAACCAUAGGCAUAGGCUAACCUUCUAAAUCUCAAUCUACCAUCGUACUUGCCCGAAGGCUCGUGUUGAGAUAUUGCACUCAAGCUGCUAGUAACAUAUUGCAAAGUGACAUGCAAAUCAUGGUUGACCGUAAAGCACAUUCUUGUGUGAAUGAAGAAGAAGAAGAAGAAUGUCGGUGCACCUUUGUGCUGUCUUGGCUUCAUGGUCCAAACACAGGCCUAUUAACCAGUGCUAGUAUAGCUAGCGUGUGCACAGUAAACGAUGAAGGUCAGAUCGAUCCAAAAGUCACUUAUUUCUCAAGGUUGGCAAAAAGUAAAGUUGCAGCUUCAUCUCGCAAGAGCACUUCUAUUUAUCCGAAAGAAGCAUCAGCUGGAUUAGUGCUUGCUAAAGGAGGGAGAAAGCUGCUCACUGAUCAGAAGAAUUUUUCAUUCCAGGGGGGCUUUUCCAGUUUGACAUGCUUAAUCUGUUGUCAUUUUUUAAAUACAUGCAGUUAUGACUCAUGAUUUAAGUAUUAACAAUGGUCUUCUUUACAUUUUGCAGGACAUUCAUAGUCAGUGGAAAUUAAUUGAUGGAAGUGAAAGCAAAGGUUUCUUUAGAAUCCAAUCUCGAAUUUGAUCUCAUUGAACUUUGUUUACGAAACUAUCACUACCCAUGUUUAUAAUAUCAUGUUGUGGUCUAUAUCGUUCAAGACACCCUUUGUGUACGAUCAGUUCUGACCCAACUGACCCCUAAACAUUAAAAGUUCUCAUUCCAUUAAGUUGUCCGGAAAUAAAGAAGAGAGUAUAUGUACAGUUACAAUCUGAGUUUGUUGUAAACUAGCUGAUGGUUAGUUACAAAUGGUCUAUUAUAAAUAGUAGAAGCGCGUAUUUGAACUUGGAUGUUGUUGUUGUCAUUCUGACCGAACUCAG